CUCCUUAUGGCGGACAUCAUCAAAGACAGGGUUUACAUUCCGAGCGCAGCAUUUAUUUUUCCCAUCACUCCAGGCUUCGUCGGCCAGCCUGUACGCAUCUCGUCCCCGACACCGACAGGUCAGGGCUCGACGUCGACGAAAAAGUCUCGAAACGCUAAGAUCAAGGAUGAGAACAAGAUCAGAGAAAAAUUAUCUGGCGAUGACGGCUGUUUCCUCACUGGCUAUGCCUGCCUUUCUCUCGAAGUAGCUCAUCUUGUCAACGCUGUCCAGAAGAAGGGCAACAAGGCCCGGCUUGACAAAGUGAUCUACUAUUUAGUCGAUGUGCUGGGCAUCGUCCGCAAGAAAGCGGGAUUUAACCUCGAAGCAGCGGAAAACCUCGUUUAUUUACGUCCCACCUAUCACCGACACCUCGACUUAUAUGCUACGUUCGCCAUCACGUUGAGCGAGGACUCGCUGAAACUUGUGAUUCAAGAGUUGAAAGAUGUUAACGAGGGAUGGGCGGCAAUGACGUUGCACAACGAGCACCGUCUGACCGUCAGAAGCUUCAGCUGGCUCCGCCCAGGCCUGUAUCAACCAACAUACGACAUCAUCUUGCUCCAUCCUUCGUUCUUCCUCUUGCCCGACCAACCACUAAUAGCCCUCAAACAGCGCGAGCCGCGAGUGUAUGGUCUCUGGCAGGUUAUCGACGGCGAACUUCGUCAAGCACUCGACUCCGAUCCCUACCCUCCCUUUUCCCGUACCUUCCGCGCAGAUUCGGAUGAUGACGUCAAUCCUUUCCUUCUGAUCCUCAACGCAGGGUCCAAACUCGAAAAUCACCAAAAGAAAUUCGGGCUUGGCGCUCUGACCGGACGCCAGCGCAAGCUGGCCGACCUCACCCUCGAGGCUUACGAGUUAAUAUACUACCGCCCUCCAAUGUUUACAGAACGACUACAGAUGUUCGGUAGGACUGACUUUUCGACCACACCUCCUCUUCCCACUCCGGCGGGCACCUCCGGACAGUCGACCGCUGUAUCUCGACAAGCGCACGAAAAUGACGGCACGGCGCUCGGUACCGAGGAUGGGAGUGAUUCGAUGGUGGAGGAUGGGACGGAGGUGGAUGAGAUGGAUGAGGACGACGAGGAGAGUGACAGCGGUUCAGAGAGCGAUAGCGAGGGACUCUGUGCGGAAGAGGAGGAUAAUAUUUUGGCCAAAUUUGCAGACCCCGCCACUACACUUGACGAGAGAAAGGAGCUGGGUGCCCUUUUCCUUCGCGGCGGUAGACCCUACCGCCCCUUUCCCUUGGUCCCUGGAAUGCCGGUUCCUGAAGAGCGUGCGCGUUUCCCAGUUCCACUUCCCUUCCACCAUCGUCCUCCCCUCCUUACGCUCCUGAUGGCGGACAUCAUCAAAGACAGGGUUUACAUUCCGAGCGCAGCAUCUAUCUUUCCCAACACGCCAGGCUUCGUCGGCCAGCCUGUUCGCAUUUCGUCCCCGACACCGACAGGUCAGGGCUCGACGUCGACAAAAAAGUCUCGAAACGCUAAGAUCAAGGAUGAGAACAAGAUCAGAGAAAAAUUAUCUGGCGAUGACGGCUGUUUCCUCACUGGCUAUGCCUGCCUUUCUCUCGAAGUAGCUCAUCUUGUCAACGCUGUCCAGAAGAAGGGCAACAAGGCCCGGCUUGACAAAGUGAUCUACUAUUUAGUCGAUGUGCUGGGCAUCGUUCGCAAGAAAGCAGGAUUUAACCUCGAAGCAGCGGAAAACCUCGUUUAUUUACGUCCCACCUAUCACCGACACCUCGACUUAUACGCUACGUUCGCCAUCACGUUGAGCGAGGACUCGCUGAAACUUGUGAUUCAAGAGUUGAAAGAUGCUAACGCAGAGUGGGCAGAAAGGACGCGUCUCGAGCACGGUCUGUCCGUCAGAAUCUUCAGAUGGCUCCGCGCAGGCCUGUAUAAACCAACAUACGACAUCAUCUUGCUCCAUCCUUCGUUCUUCCUCUUACCCGACCAGCCCCUAAUUGCACUCAAACAGCGCGAGCCGCGAGUGUAUGGUCUCUGGCAGGUUAUCGACGGCGAACUACGUCAAGCACUCGACUCCGACCCCUACCCUCCCUUUUCCCGUACCUUCCGCGCAGAUUCGGAUGAUGACGUCAAUCCUUUCCUUCUGAUCCUCAACGCAGGGUCCAAACUCGAAAAUCACCAAAAGAAAUUCGGGCUCAGCGCUCUGACGGGGCGCCAGCGCAAGCUGGCCGACCUCAGCCUCGAGGCUUACGAGUUAAUAUACUACCGCCCUCCAAUGUUUACAGAACGACUACAAAUGUUCGGUAGGACUGAUUUUUCGACCACACCUCCUCUUCCCACUCCGGCGGGCACCUCCGGACAGUCGACCGCCGUAUCUCGACAAGCGCACGAAAAUGGCGGCACGGCCCUCGGUACCGAGGAUGGGAGUGAUUCGAUGGUGGAGGAUGGGAUGGAGGCGGAUGAGAUGGAUGAGGACGAUGAGGAGAGUGACAGCGGUUCAGAGAGCGAUAGCGAGGGACUCUGUGCGGAAGAGGAGGAUAAUAUUUUGGCCAAAUUUGCAGACCCCGCCACUACACUUGACGAGAGAAAGGAGCUGGGUGCCCUUUUCCUUCGCGGCGGUAGACCCUACCUCCCCUUUCCCUUGGUCCCUGGAAUGCCGGUUCCUGAAGAGCGUAGUCUAUUUGAAGGUCGAGGGGAAGGAUCGUAGUGAUGUUUCUGUUCGUUGCGCUAGUCAUUCGUUUCGCCUUCUGCACGCUGUCCGAACCAUAUGUAUUUUUUGAACGGACCCUCUCCUAGUAAUUCUCUCAGUCCAUCUACUUAUCGCCUCUGUAUUUCUUAUGUACGACUACCAUAAAGCAUACGAAGAACUUUGUAAUUCAAAUCGGGGACAAAC